UAAAGAGGCUGGGACACCGUGUACCUUCCCAUUCUGAUUCAGCCCAAAGUUCACCAGCCCACAGAACCAACAUGCCUGUAGACUUCAAUGGCAAAUGGGAGUUGGAGAGCAGUGAGAACUUUGAGGAUUACAUGAAAGCACUGAACAUAGACUUUGCCACACGCAAAAUCGCAGUGCAGCUGGCCCAGACCAAAGUGAUCAUCCAGGAUGGAGACAAGUUUGAAGUCAAGACGCUGAGCACCUUCAGGAACUAUGAGCUGAUGUUCACUGUGGGGGUGGAGUUUGUGGAGUACACCAAAGGACUGGACAACAGGGUGGUCAAGGCUCUUGUGGUGUGGGAGGGGGACAAACUAGUGUGUAUCCAGAAGGGGGAAAAGGACAACCGUGGGUGGAAGCACUGGAUUGAAGGAGACAAACUGUACCUGGUAGAAAUAUGAAUGUGGGCCUGAAAUGAGUCUUCACUUUGCAAGACAGAAAACAUGAAUUGGCGUGUGAGGACAAAGUCUGCAGGCAGGUGUUCAAGAGAAAAGAAUAGAAAGACAAUAUCUGGAUAUCAGUUGCUGGAUUCAUCCACUUUUUCAUACCUUGUGUCAAUAUAGUAAACUCCUGCUGUUACCAUUUAAACUUGUCAUAACGGUUUCAAACUCACAAGCAAACCUGAAUAAAGCAUUGUAUAUUGUUCACUCUU